AUGGACAAGAUCCUGACAGCAUCAUUUUUACUCCUAGGCCUUCACCUGGCUGGGGUGAGUGGCCAGCAGGAGAGACGUGACCAGCAGCAGGUGAAACAAAGUCCCCAGUCUCUGACAGUCUGGGAAGGAGGAACUACAGUUCUGAACUGCAGUUAUGAGAACAAUGCUUUUGACUACUUCCUGUGGUAUCAGCAGUUCCCUGGGGAAGGCCCUGUACUCCUGAUAGCCAUACGAUCAGUGUCCAGUAAAAAGGAAGAUGGACGAUUCACAGUCUUCCUCAGGAAAAGUGAGAAACGGCUCUCCUUGCACAUCGAAGACUCUCAGCCUGGAGACUCAGCCACCUACUUCUGUGCAGCAAGCCACAAUAACAACAAUGCCCCACGAUUUGGAGCAGGAACCAGACUAACAGUCAAACCAAAUGUCACAGACCCAGAGCCUGCUGUGUACCAGCUGAAAGAUCCCCAGUCUGAUAACAUCACCCUCUGCCUGUUCACCGACUUUGAUUCUCAAACCAAUGUGUCCCAGAACGCAAGUACCGAAGCGUUUGUCUCUGGCAAUACUGUGAUGGACAUGAAGGCUAUGGAUUCCAAGAGCAACGGGGCCAUUGCCUGGAGUAACCAAACAAGCUUUAGCUGCAAAGCCGCCUUCAAGGACGCCUUAAAGGAGGACUCCCGCCCCACUUCAGAUGUGCCCUGUGAUGCCAAGUUGGUCGAGAAAAGCUUUGAAACAGAUAUGAAUCUAAACUUUCAAAACCUGUCAGUCAUGGGACUCCGAAUCCUCCUGCUGAAAGUGGCCGGAUUUAACCUGCUCAUGACGCUGAGACUGUGGUCCAGUUGAGAUUGAAAGAGCCUGACUCCGAAGCUCCUUCCUCCUCAUCGCCCCUCCGCUCCCUCUUCAAGCCAAAAGGAGCCCUCCCACCUCGUAAAGAAGGCUGUCUGAGGACUGACUGGAUCUCCCCGAUCUGUGAGGAAGGUUGCUGGAGAGCUAAGCUCUGCUGUACCCACUCAGCCCCCUUGCUGCUGCUGACCAUUCACAGAAGACGCAGGGGCUGGGCUUCUCCUGGAUCUGAAGACCUCCUCUCCCAUGAUAGAUUUCCCAGCAGAAUCUCUUAGAGAAUGUUGUAAAGAAUAUGUUUUUUGUGUGGUUUUUUUUUUUUUUGUAUUUUUAAAGCAUCCAUAAAGAAGUACAUAUUACUCUUUCAUCAAGGUGUAGAAAUUAUCUCAUUGUCUAGACGCUCCCCGCUACUGUGUGUAUUGAGCCACAUUGUAUAUUAUUCUGCUGCCGAUGACGUCAUUAAAGGUGAUUCAGACAAAGCCGAAA